AAUACCUCUUCACUCGAUCCCAACCUCUUCACCUGCCCAUUUGUCUAAUUCUUCUUCUCAGACUUCUCUCUACAUCUUCUUCUUUUACAAUUUUAUACACAUCUAAGAAAUAGGAAUCAAAGCAUCAGAAACAUUUGGCAUCGUCCUCUUCCAUCUGCACCUUUCUUCACACUUUUAAUUUCAAAUCGCAAUCCCCCAUCACAAAUUGUAGAAGCGCCCUUUAGCCAUCUUGUACUGCACUUUUCCUUUCCUAACAUCUACAGCGUCAGCCAUCUACAUCUUGAAGGCAACGUGAUAUCCUAGCCCGAGGGGUGACGAUCUCAGUUUUAAGUGCAAAGGAGUGAUAAAGAUAAGGCGCAGAGAGCAGCGAUUUUGUCCUUUUCAUUUGGCAAGGCGAAGACAGCAGGUCAGCAGCGUCUUUUUUCUUUGCUUUUCCAUCCAAAAGGUACAUUUCCCAACUCCCAACCCUUUUUUUAUUGGAAAGACAUUAUAUGACAUUAUAUGUAUUUCUGCUCAUGCAUUAUUCAAAGGAAGGUGUGUAAGUUUUAUUAAAUGUUUGGAAACUAAGAAUCAAAUGUACAAUUUAUUAAAAAUCUCAAAUUUAACAUUAAAUGUUUCUAUAAGGACAUUCUGUUUUUAGAUAUAUUGAAAUUAAAAUUUAUUAAUUUCAUUUUCUAAGGAUAUACUCCGUAAUAUCUUUCAAGAUGCUUGAUGCAAUAUUGUUUUUUGUAUUCUAUACUUGUUUUUUGUAAAAAUGACCAAAAUUAAGAUGCUAGACAAAAUGUAACAUAUUUUAUACAAAUUUGCUAUAUUAGUAGCUUUUAAUGACCACAACAGUGGUCAAUUCUACACUGUAGUGACCAUGCAUUCAUACUCACAAUAUAAAUUAUAGGAAAAUCUUUUUUUUUAAUUGGGGAUAUUAGUUAAUCCAUAUUGAUACCAUAUACGGAGUACUUCAUCAAGAUUUGAGAAAGUGUAUCUUUAGAGUUAGUUUAGCAAUCCCAUAUUUCGGCUUAUCAGCCAACUCUUUUAUCCAAUACUAAAUCUUUCAUUCCAUUCGAUGAGUUGUGCAAUAAUAGAAAUAAAUAACAAUUGUUUUUAGUUAUGUUUUGACUAAUAUUUUAUUUAUUUAAUACGGAUUAAUAAUUUUUUUUCACAAUUCAGUUGAUGUAGUCAUCUAUAACUUUGAUAGAUUAAAUUUUCUCCCAGAAAGAGAAGGUUUCUCCUUUUGUAGGUACACUUUUCAAUAACAACUAUAUUAAGGUAAGGGUAUUCAUAACAUAAUAUUUCUCUUAUAUCUCUUGUUAGUUUUCCUCCAUUUUAUAACAAGGUGACUAUAAAAAGUUCACUCAUUGUUACUUUAGUCACACUUUGUCCACAAGUUUUAUUUUGAGACUACGUAAUAUUUAGGAAAAAUCUUUUUUAUAAGGAAUUCAUUAAACCAUAAAGUCUGUAAUGCCCCACCAAGUCUAACGUAAUACAAAUUUUGGUAUACCUUCCUAGUGGCAUAUUCGAACAUAGGCAUCACAGUAAGGUUGAGACAUUCCCAGGCAACAACUUCCCCUGUGAUGAUUGCAAUUUGGUAAUUGCUUGAUUAAAUCCUGUUCAACAUUAUUCAUUCAUUCUGUGUGUUUUAAUUUUGAUACUCUAUGAAUCUUUAUAUAGAUUUGUACCACUAAGCAACCGAUUUAUGUCAUUUAGUCAAUCUUAUGGUUAUCCUCAUAUAGAUUGGAAUCGAAACGUUCUGUAAGCAGUAGUUUUUUCAUAAACUAAUUUAGGUCCAAUAGAAUAGAAUAUUAAAAAUUAUAGGUAUUACUAUAGGAGCAUCGAAUUUUCUAUCAGGUGCUCAUUCUGGGCAAAGCGAAAGAAUAUUUUAUGGAAGUAUGGAACUCUUGUCGCAUUCUUUAAUCAGCAGUCUUGAAUUCGUACUCCUGUUUUGACAUGUCCAGCUCAAUAAUAUGUGCAUGCUGAUUGUUUUUAGGGAUGUUUAUAUAGAUACUCUGUUAUUUAUUCAUUAAUUAGUUCUACUUAAUGUCAUUUUGUGAAACAGAAAUAUUAAUGGGAGAUAAAAUGGAAACAAGUGAUAAUGGCUAUGAUAUGCCAAUGGAAGUGCUUAUUGAGAUCCUUAUCCACCUCCCCGUGAACUCGUUAAUACGGUUCACCAUUGUGUGUAAAUCUUGGCUUAACCUUAUUAGAGACGACCCCCAAUUUGCCUUGAGGCAUUAUCUCACAAGAACAAGACCGUCAUCAUCAUAUACACUGAUGGACAAUGUUGAUUACAUAGUUGACUACUUCGGUAAGUAUGGAAGAAGUUGCAAUGCUACAACAGAUGAAAUUUUGAGGCUGUGUAUUUACACUUUAACGGUAAAGAAAACGUUUCGUCUUGUGAAGAAGAUUGAGUAUGGACCACGGUUGAAUGUGUCUAUGUCCAACUUCUGUAAUGGUAUAAUGUGUGCUUAUGUUACUUCAAAUCGUGGGGCUAGAGUUUUGAUAUGUAACCCUGCGAUCGGAGAGGUGCUUCUUUUGCCACUGCCCCACAACUUCGCAACCAGAGGGACUCCAAAACUUGGGCUUGGGUUUGACUCAGUAAAUAACAACUAUAAGAUAGUGGCAGCUCACCCACCUUCAGUUUUUGCAGGUCGUGAUUUUUGGCAGGUGGAUGUGUACUCUGUCCGAGAUGGUUGUUGGCAUAAUUUAAAUGCUUUGGGCUCACUUGUGCAGUUUAGUAGCUUAACAAGUGAAUCUACUUUGAAUGCCAAUGGAAGAAUUCUUAACUGGUUGGGUUACCUUAAAUAUUCUACAAAGCCACUCGAGGGAUUAUUGUCAUUUGACAUCGUAGAUGAGGUGUUUCAGGAGGUAACCAUGCCGGAAUGUUUAUAUCCAAACAGUUGGCGACAACAUCAUAUUUUAACCUCAAGUGGAUGUCAAGCUUGCCUUUGCUGUUCCUCUUUUCCUAGUUCAAGCCUUGCAAAAGAUGAGCAUUUUAACGGCAUUGACAUUUGGGUACUAAACAGAGAUAAUGAUGAUGACGAGAAAAUGUUGUGGCACAAGCACUUUUCUUUUACAUUUUCAGAUGAUGCUCCUGUGUGGCCAGUGAAUGUUUGGUUGAAUAACCAUGAACUUCUUCUUCAUGUGCGAAAACAGGAAGGGCGUACUGAAGAGGUGUACCAUUAUGACCAUUUUACCCAACAGCUCACGCGUACGAGCCGAUUUGGGACACUUAUGAAUCCUGAUGGUUAUACAGAAAGCCUAAUCUCGAUCAAAGGUCUUAUGCCUUCAUCAUAUCAUCAACCUGCCGGAGAUGAAGAUGAGAAAGAUUAUUUUUGUUUUGUACGGGAAGUCGGGAGGAAAAACAAUGCUGUUCAUUGGUCAUAUAGCUUCAAGUUGGUAUAAGCAUUAAGAAUGGAUUACAAAACCAUAAGGGUUAAUGAUUAAUGUUCAUAUUGUAAACGAUUUAUUAUAUUAAUGUGGUGAUGGAUUUAUCAUUGUCCCUAUAUCCCAAAAUAUAUUUUACCCGUUUCUAUUUUAACUGUCCCAAAAAGGUCUUCUCAUGCAUUCUUAUUACCUGG